AUGGCGAACGAAAACCCCAAGCUGCUGUGGAACACCGAGAACGUCAAAGAUGUUGCCGAGUCGGUGGGCAUUGGCUCCAUGAGCGAUGAGGCCCUCAAGGCUCUCGCGCAGGACGUCGAGUACCGCAUCGGCCAGGUCAUCAUCGAGGCUCUCCGCUUGAUGCGUGCGGCACGACGAACGACCAUGACGGUCAACGACAUCUCUUUGGCCCUCAGAGUCCUGGACGCGGAGCCUCUCUACGGUUACGAUUCGACGCGACCUCUGCGAUAUGGCGAGGCGAGCUUGGGACCUGGCCAGCCGCUGUUCUAUAUCGAGGAUGAAGAGGUGGAUUUCGAAAAGUUGAUCAACGCGCCGCUUCCUAGAGUGCCGCGAGAUAUGAAUUUCACUGCGCACUGGCUUGCCAUUGAAGGUGUCCAGCCCUCUAUCCCUCAGAAUCCAACUUCCGCCGAAUUGAGACCGCAAGACCUGCUGCCAAAAGGCCCAGGAGCGAACCCUGCGCUGUCGGCCUUGGCUGGGAAUGAUACCUCUGCUGGCCAGCCUUCUGUCAAACAUAUUGUGAGCAAGGAGCUCAUACUCUAUUUCGACAAGAUUCAAGCUGCCAUCCUCGACGACAAUCCAGAUGAAGAGGUUAUACGACUACGUCAAGCUGCGCUGGGCUCCGUUAGAGAUGAUCCCGGUCUUCAUCAGCUAGUUCCCUACUUUAUCAACUUCAUCAUGGACAGAGUCACGCACCAACUCGACGACACAUUCACUCUGAAGCAGAUGAUGGAGCUGACAAAUGCAUUGAUCGAGAACAAGAGCCUGUUUUUGGAUCCGUAUGCCAGCUCCCUCUCUGCACCUGUGCUGACGUGCUUGAUGGCGAGAAAACUGGGCACAGACGAGGGACAGGAUUCGCUGAAAGAGCAGUAUGAUCUUCGUCAGUUGGCGGCCUCUUUGCUCGGCCGCAUUGCCCGCAAAUACUCGGCGUCAAACUCCUUACUUCGGCCAAAGCUCACAAGAACGUGUCUCAAAUACUUUCUGGAUCCCACCAAGCCUCCCGCCGUGUUGUAUGGCGCAAUCCACGGCCUUCUUGAGGCAGGAGGAACUGAAGCAAUCCGAGUUUUGGUCUUGCGAAACCUCAAGAGCUUUGAUGCUGGGAUCCUCCAACCCUUGAAAGAAAAAUCCGAAGGCUCUAUCGAGUAUGAGAUGCUCGUGCAGGGGCUUGUGCAGGCGGUAGCAUCUCUUGCGCAGAGAACCGAUAUAGCAGAUGGCAAUGCAGCGGAAGCUAAUGGAAUUAACGGAAGCACCCCUGCAUCUGAGCUUUCUGACCUCAGUGACUUCCUGGGUCCCAUCGUUGGCGAAAAGAUUGCGGCUGCUCGCAACCAUCAGCUGAACAAGACAAUUCUUGAUGCUCGAUUUUUAGAAUAA